GCUUUUUAUUUUUCAUUUCAUGUUUUAAACGUUUUUAUUCCAAAUUUAUAUAGGUUAAAGCCCCUACAUUUACAUUUUUUUGGGUACGGUGGUUUAUCCCCUAUUACUAACUAUUACUAAUUUAACUUAAAAGCCACCUACCCCGUCGGCGAAAUUGGCGCCCGCCAGAAGCCGACGUUAAACCCUCCAACUCAUCGUGUCGGUACCUGUCAUCUGCCACUACCAGGACUGUUGAAUUCCCUACAGCUUUUGUACCAUGGCAUCGACAUCAACAAGAACGGAUCUUCCUAAGAAACUAUCAACGCAGAAUAUAGCCUUCUUUCACUUCUCCGAAGUAAUCGAAAUGAAAAGCAAAUGUGGCUUGUACAAGGGAACAGAAGUGAUUUUGAAAUCAAAACCAAACACCUUGACGGCGGUCAGAAUGAGAAUGGACGUUGGAGAAAUCAAGCCAGGAUUCCACAUGGCCACAUAUGCAGUUAUCAAAGAUGAUGGAGUUGUCAAACUUCAAAACCACUCGAAGGUUCUGUCAUGCAGACCAUUUGCAUACGACGGAGUAGUUAAGGCAUUUCUAAACCCUCAGGUGAAAACCGCCAAAGAAGCGCUGGCAACGCCAUUAGGAGUUAAAAUCACCGUCCUUGGAACAAGUGUCGGAAGCAUUUGAAGCUGAACUUACAGAGGAAAAUGAGAAAAUUGCCGUUAAACUCUGGGGCAAGAAAUCCUCUUUAGAUGCCCCAAUGAAUGCGAUGAUAAAAGUUUAACAUAUUUGUGCAAGGGAGUACAAAUUCAAAAAGGAUCUCGAGUCCACACAUUUGACGACGGUUGAGGUAGUCGAACAAGAAGAGACCGUUGAAGGAGAGGUGGAUGAGAUUGGAUUUGACGAGCAAGUAAAUGAAUAAUUCUUCUUCAUAGAGAUCGUCCUUGGGGUACAUAUUAUGCAUUUUCCACGCUGAAAAUGUCC